AUGUCUUUUCCGAUGGACACCAAGAAGAACCCGGACUCGGCUUUGACUGAGGACAAUGUCUCGUCGGCUGAGGGCCAGGUGGACACGGCGUACAACCGGAUGCCUGAUUCCCUGCGUGACCUCAGUGACGAUGAGUUCAAGGCUCUCAACAAGAAGGUCGUCCGUAAGGUCGACCUCUUCGUUCUCCCUACCAUCGGCAUCCUCUAUAUCCUGAACUACAUCGAUCGUCAGAACUUGGCUGCGGCCAAGCUCCAGGGCAUCAUGGAAGACCUGAACAUGUCCACGGAGCAGUUUGCUACCGCUGUCUCUAUCCUCUUCGUGGGAUACCUUCCCUUUCAAAUCCCCAGCAACCUCCUCAUUACCAAAUUCUCCCGGCCGGGAAUGUACAUUUGUUGUGCCGUGGCUAUUUGGGGUUGUAUAUCUGCUUGUACAGCGGUUGUCAAGACGUACGGUGAACUUCUCGCCGUCCGAGCAAUUCUUGGAGCAGCCGAAGCCGUCUUCUUCCCGGGUGCCAUCUACUACCUCUCGGCCUGGUACACAAAGACAGAGUUGGGCAAGCGUAUCGCCGGUCUGUACAUUGCCCAACAAGUGGGCAAUGCAUUCGGCGGUCUCUUCGCUGCAGCUAUCCUCCAACUCGAUGGACAACAUGGCAUCCGCGGCUGGCAAUGGCUGUUCAUCAUCGAAGGAUCUGCCACCGUCGGCAUCGGUAUUAUCUGUGCCUGCAUCAUGCCCGAGUUCCCACACAACAGCCGAAUUCUGUCUCAACUCGAGCGUGACUGCGCAGUGUGGCGUAUCGAGUCCGAAUCAGGCGCAGCAGAGGGCACCGAAAAUGAAAGCGUCAUGAAAGGCUUCCUGAAGGCACUCGCUGACCCAAAGCUGAUUCUUCUCAUCUUCUGCAACAUGAUGUCCCAAACACAAGGCUCCAUCGCCAACUACUUCCCCACCCUCGUCGGCUCCCUCAACUUCUCCAGCACCAUCAGCCUCCUCCUCACCGCUCCUCCCUACAUCCUCGCCGGUAUCGUCUACUACUUCCUCAUGUUCUACUCCGAUCGCAAAAACACCGUCUACCCCAUCAUCCUCAUUUGCAUCGCCAUCUCAGUGGUCAUGUACAUCAUCCCAAUGGCGACUACCAACAUCGGCGCCCGUUAUUUCUCAAUGAUGAUCCUCCCCUUCGCCUCCGUCGGUCCCCAACUCCUCCUAUACAAGACAAUCAACCUACACCUGGCCCGUCCUGUCUCAAAAAGAGCGGCGGCCUCUGCUCUGGUCAAUGCGAUCGGUGGCACUUCAAACAUCUGGGCUUCGUACCUCUACUUCGGUGAACCUCAUUUCUACGCCGCGUUUGGAACGUUGAUGGGUGCUGCCGUGCUAUUCGGGGUCACGAUCACUGCUUAUCGCUGGCUUGUUCUGCGGGAGAACAAGCGUUUGGAUUCGGGUUAUCCGGCGCAGAUUGCUUUGGUCAAGAAGGGCGGUGUCACGGAUGAAAUGAUUCAGCUCAACUGGCGUUACGAGAUGUUCUGA